AUGGCGGGCGCACGGCGGCUGCUCGCGGCGGAUUUCGCGAUUUCGCUAACGUGGGUGUUCUCGAACGAGCUAAUCAAGAUUUUCGUGCAGAGCGUGAUGGGUAACGCCGCUAGUCAGCUGGAGGGCGACAUUGCUAGAUGUGCCCUCGCCGUUGUCAACAUGUUCGCCUUCGCCUACAUGAGCAAGGCCACCGACGGCGGCGCGUACAAUCCACUCUCCGUCUUGGCCCCCGCCAUUUCGGGAGAUUUCUCGAAUUUCAUUUUCACUGUCGGCGCCCGAAUCCCUGCACAGGUGGUUGGGUCAGUUUAUGGUGUGAGGCUCAUCCUGUGGACCUUCCCUGGAAUAGGGCACGCCCCACACUUGAAAGUUGACAUUGCAACGGGCGCACUGACAGAAGGUCUCCUGGCAUUCGCCAUCGUCACAAUCACCCUUGGCUUGGCUACACAGGAUUUCCUUACCAAGACUUGGAUUUCCAGCCUUGCCAAGCUUACUCUCCACAUUCUUGCUGCAGAUCUAACAGGCGGAUGCAUGAAUCCAGCUCCCGUAAGUAUUUCUUUCCUUCUUCGUCUCAUCUCACCCCCUCUAAAAUCUCUCUCUUCCUCUCAGGUAAUGGGCUGGGCUUUUGCUAAUCGCCAACACAUCACCAAAGAGCAUUUGAUUGUUUACUGCCUUGCGCCAGUCGAGGCCACUCUGCUAGCCGUUUGGCUGUCUGGGAUACUGUUUCGGAUGAAGAAGGACGAGCGCUCUGCUGUCAAGAAGGCGACUUCCCCACAGCAGAAGCUGGAAAAAUCAGAUUGAACGCGCUGUUGUUUAUCAUUUAGUAAUUGUACAGUAAAAGAUGCAAUUUUUAAGUCAUGCUUUACUGUUUAUGUCUACCUUCAAUCAUGUAGUUGAAGAAGGUCUAUGUAAGCAGGAAAUCAAGACAUUGAAACCUAAUGCAUUGUUCCAACUUUUUUUUUACUAACAUGAGAAACUGCAGAAUGCCAGAUGCAUACAA